AGACAGUCACAGUCAAACCGAGCUGCUAUGGUGACGCUCCUGUGAUGUGACACGUUACAUUCAGAGCUUAAAUUAACAUACGAUGAAGUGAGAAAUGGCAAAACGUCCGGGGACAGACGACGGGAUGCUGCCUUCACCCACAAUUCCCAGGGAUUUCGCGGUGGAUUUUAACACCGAGGACUUGGGCUGCAUGGGCUGCGGAGACGGAGCCGAGGAGGUCUCUCUGGAGGAGAUCUUGAGCCUGUACAGCCAGCCCAUAAACGAGGAGCAAGCGUGGGCCGUGUGCUAUCAAUGCUGCCGGACGUUAGCGCAGCAGAAACACCGGCGGAAAAGCUUCAAGUCCAGCGGCGCGACACCUGAAGACUUCCCGCGGAGGAUUGAGGGACCCGGGGAUGUGGCGCUGGGGAGAGACGGGACUGUCAAACUAGUGUAUAAAAACGUUUCAGAUAAAUACAGACCGCCGCCUACAUCGUUAGAGGUGGUUGAGUCAUUGGGCAUCAUGAUCUACAAAGCUCUGGACUAUGGACUGAAGGAGAACGAGGAGCGUGAACUGAGCCCACCUCUGGAGCGACUUAUCGACAUGAUGACCAACACGGAGGAGACAGAGAGUGACUCCUGUCCUGACGAAGGCUAUGAGGCCACAGAGGAGGAAGAGGAGGAGCGGGAGGAAGAGCCAGUAUCUGUGACUGAGGCCAGUACUGUGAGCCGGAUACAGAGUUAUAAAGACAUCCUCAUGAUUUGUUCCUCCCACCUCCCGAGCCCCUCAGAUGCACCCAACCACUACCAGGCUGUGUGUCGCGCUCUGUAUGCAGAAACCAGAGAACUGAACACCUUUCUGCAGAAAAUUAAGAGUGCCAAGGAGAACCUGCAGAAAAUGGAGGGUGAGACACGGGAGGAGUCUGCUCAAGACCUCAACGAGUUACAAAAUUCAGACUGGGCUCGGUUCUGGGUCCAGGUGAUGAGAGAUCUCAGACAUGGUGUGAAGUUAAAGAAAGUACAGGAGCGACAAUACAACCCACUGCCCAUAGAGUACCAGCUAACACCUUACGAAAUGCUCAUGGACGACAUUCGCUCCAAACGAUACAAGUUGAGAAAAGUCAUGGUUAAUGGAAACAUUCCACCAAGGUUAAAGAAAAGUGCCCAUGAGAUCAUCCUUGAGUUUAUCAGAUCACGACCUCCUCUCAACCCGGUUGCGGCCCGUAAACUGAAGCCCCACCCACCCCGUCCCCGGAGCCUUCACGAGCGUCUUCUGGAGGACAUUAAAGCCGAGAGGAAGCUCCGACCUGUCUCUCCUGACAUGAUCCGCAGACAUCGCUUGGGUGCAGGGAAGAGCAUCAGCACUCCUCAAGAUUUGUUUCGCGGCUCAGACACCCCAGACGCUCCUAGGAAGCUGGUCGGUAGUACCCAAUCUUUGACGAGCAGCACCCCGACCCCGAACCAGAGCGGAGUCCAGCCACUGUCCCAGAGAAAGAGGCUCCUCAAGGCACCCACCCUGGCAGAACUGGACAGCUCUGAUUCUGAGGGGGAGACAUCAAAGAGCAGCAGCAGUAUAUUAGAAGAAAAAUUGGCAUCAAUCGCCGAGAAGAAGACUCCUCCCAAAUUUCUUCCAAUUUCUGCAACCCCACAGCCAGACAAGCGGCAGCCAUCUCCACAGAGGAGGCAUUCAAUAGAGAAAGAGGCCCCCACAAGCGUACGCCCGUUCAUACCUCCAUCCAAACAGAGCUCCAAGUCUUUGGUGAAGGAUGCCAGCGCAGCUCAGGGAACGGAGGAGUUUUGUUAUCCAGUAGAGUGUCUCACUCUCACAGUGGAGGAGGUCAUGCACAUCCGUCAGGUUUUGGUCAAAGCAGAGCUAGAGAAAUUUCAGCAAUACAAAGAUGUCUAUAAUGCACUGAAGAAAGGAAAGCUUUGCUUUUCAUGUCGGACAAAGAGGUUUUCAUUCUUUACUUGGUCAUACACAUGCCAGUUCUGCAAAAGGCCUGUGUGCUCUCAAUGCAGUAAAAAGAUGCGGCUUCCCUCUAAACCUUAUUCCACGUUGCCCAUUUACUCUUUGGGUCCGAGUUCUAUGGCCAAAGAAGAGGGAUCGACUGCAGCCUCUGACGCUGAAAAACAACCUUUUGGACAGCACCGCCACAGUCUGCGCCGAAGUGUUCACAAGUUGUCCAAGCACAACAGCAAAGACGGGAAGUCACUAGAUGAUCUGGAGCUUCCCAAGGAGCUGACGGAGGACUGGGUGACGAUGGAGGUGUGUGUAGACUGUAAGAAGUUCAUCACAGAAAUCAUCUCCUCAAGCAAACGUAGUCUCAGUGUGGCCACCAAACGCGCUCGCAUCAACCGCAAAACCCAGUCCUUUUACCUGUCCUCAUCAGCAUCUGCUAACUUCAGACCGCUGGAGCGCAGCAUCAAAGAAGUAUAAACAAAACGGGACGUAAAUGGACAAUGUUUUCAACACAGCAUGAAGACGAUAGAUCCCACUUCGAGUUAGUAAAAGGUUGUAGCACCUUACCCUUCCUCUCUCAGGAAAUGUUGGCACGCUAAUCGAAAGAUGUCAUGAAGCAAAGAAUGGCCUGGACUUCUGUAUUAGCUGCCAGACGACUAAGGAGAGUCAUGUAUUUGUAAUAGCAGUGAUUUUUCAGGAAAAACAAUUGUGUAAACGGCUACAUGUCAAUUUAUUUGAAUAUAGUGGAAAACUACAUUUAUUUCCAUAGUUCAUUACAAAGAGCAUAUUAAGAAAACACAAACACCAAAUGUAGACUAUAUAAUAUUUAUUAGUUGUGUUCCGGACAUGUCCCACUGGGAGGAGGCCCCGGGGAAGACCCAGGACUCGCUGGAGGGACUAUGUCUCACGGCUGGCCUGGGAACACCUUGGGGUUUCACCAGAGGAGCCGAGGAGUGUCUGGGGUGGGGGAAGUCUAAGAGUCCCUGCUUAGACUGCUGCCCCAGAUGGAUGGAUAUUAGCUGUGUUUCUAUCACCUUAUUUUUAAUGUUCAUUUUAAAGGUUGAUUAGCUUUCUUCAGGUGGAUUUUGAUUUAUGCGCAGUGAACACACAUUUUGGAAGUUGGAAACACAUUUACUGACUCUUUUAAUUUAGUCCACUAUAUUCAUAUGUACUUACCUGUGCCUGUAAGGUCAAAGAUACAGUAUAUUCACUGAAAGCCAAAUUUUGAGUGAAGUGUAGAUAGUUACAAAGGCGCAUUCCCUACUAUUAGCUAUAAAUGUUCUGAUUCCUGUUUACUGGGCACUCAGGAAAUACAAGUGAUUGUGUUUUGACAGAGAUGCACUGUAGAGACUCCUGUCGGGUCUGCCACUUCUCUCACUCUUCCAGCAACAAUUAAUAUGCCAAAUGUUACUUGAUUCAUUGUAUAGUUCAUCUCACAAAUGCUAUUUUUUUCCACUGUUAUUGGGGUGAAAUUGUGAGCAGUGAGAGGAUUAUAUUUUUCACCCUGGGGUAAAGGAGGGUUUACAGUUAUGUAGAUUUAAAUUCUGUGCCUGGUGCCAAAAUGUAACGUGUUUUUGAAUGCCUUGUUGAACUGCUGUAAAUAUGUGUCAAUGAAACAAAGCAGGUGAUGUAUGAUAUGAGAUGCCUUUUUAUUAGAAGCACAGAAAUACUGUACAUUAUAUUUAAGAAUAGGCACACAUUUAUUGAAAUCAAAGUACAUUAUAAUUUAGAUUUUUAUUAUGUUCAAGCCUAGAGUUUUAGUCUUAUCUUCAUUUCCCUUGUUCAGUUGCAUAGUUACUGUUAAUAAAGAUGUAUUUUUUGUAUAGUUUAAUAUAUUUCAGUGUUAAUCUUAUAGCACUUUUACCGGGCCAAUGAGUUGUCUAUUUUUCUUAUAAUUCUUAUAAUUUUGUUUUUUUCGAAAUCUCAUGUUCUAAUUACCAUUUAUCAGAGUCAUGUCAUAAUUUAAAUAUGAAUGAAAAGCAGAAAACAAAAACAACAUUCACUACUAUGACCCAGCUGUUGCAUUCAGGACUUGUUUCUAAAAUACAUAUAUUACCAGCUUUUCCUCAAGGAAUGUGUGCAUGCAUCCUUCUGUUUUUAUUAAAGAACAGACAAUAAAAAGUGAAGAUUUUACCAUUG